GCUGGGUUCCCCUCGCUGAAGCUGUACAUGAGAGCGGGCUGCAGUGAUGAUCGGGUGCCGCGGAGGACGAGGGCGGGAGAGAUUGGGGCGGAACACUCCCUGGCUGCCGGAGGGGAGAGGGUCCUGACUCAAGGAUUAAAGGCUGUGCCCUAUGGCCCUUGACUGUUCUGGACACGGACGGCCUUGAAGGCAGAGCCCCACCCGAGGGUAAAGAGGGCUCCCAUGCAACUUGAAAUUAGCAAGUGGCUGUGCAGAGGGCUAAAGGUAGCCCGAGAGUUAGGGUCUAGCCUUGUACCAGCUCAGCCUCUCCACUGCCCUGUAGUUCAGUCCGUCCGUUUCAGAAGACAGUUUCUUCCCAGGAGUUCUCGUUCACACUCACUAGUGCGGUGUAGAAUCGGAGGUGAAGUCCUCUCAAGCUGUCAGGUGGUUUCAGGAGGCCCCCAUAUUAGUGCAGAAACUAUUGUAACUGUAUUGUGAGCGCAUCGUGUCAGAAACAGAGGGACACAUUCAUGUCCUCUCACAAUAGACGUUUAUUGACUGACAAUAAAGUCAAUCACAAGCCACGGCACGAUUACCUGGUUUCUGUAUGCUGCCCUCUGUACAGCUGGUCUCUACGAGCAUCCGGCUUGCCCCGUCCUGGAUCUGCAGUUCUUCUCACUCCUUCAUGGAUCUGAAGGCUCUCCUUUCCUCCUUGAACGACUUUGCAUCCCUCUCCUUUGCUGAGAGUUGGGACAACGUGGGGUUGCUGGUGGAGCCGAGCCCUCCCCAUACUGUGAAGACACUCUUCCUGACCAACGACUUGACGGAGGAGGUCAUGGAGGAGGCUCUGCAAAAGAAGGCCGACCUCAUUCUCUCCUACCAUCCGCCCAUCUUCCGGGCCAUGAAGCGCGUAACUUGGAAAACCUGGAAGGAGCGCCUGGUGAUCCGGGCGCUGGAGAACAGGGUCGCCAUCUACUCCCCCCACACGGCCUAUGAUGCCGCACCCCAGGGAGUCAACAGCUGGUUGGCCAAGGGGCUUGGAACUUGCACUGCCAGGCCCAUCCACCCCUCCAAAGCUCCUAACUAUCCCACAGAGGGGGCCCACCGAGUAGAAGUCAGUGUGAACCACACCCAAGACCUGGACAAAGUCGUGUCCGCAGUGAAAGGAAUCGGAGAGGUUUCCGUCACUUCUUUCUCCGCUAGGUGUGAUGACGAGGAACACACACGAAUCAGCCUGAAUUGUACUCAGAAGGCUUUAAUGCAGGUGCUAGCUUUUCUCUCCCAGAACAGACAACUUUAUCAGAAAACAGAAAUUCUGUCACUGGAGAAGCCUUUGCUUCUGAAUACCGGAAUGGGACGGUUGUGCACACUGGAUGAACCUGUCUCCCUGGCAACGAUGAUAGAGCGAAUCAAAGGACACCUGAAGCUAGCUCAUCUUCGCUUAGCUCUUGGAGUAGGGAAGACCUUAGAGUCUCCAGUCAGAGUUGUGGCCCUGUGUGCUGGAUCUGGGAGCCGUGUUCUACAAGGAGUGGAGGCUGACCUUUACCUCACAGGUGAAAUGUCCCACCAUGAUGUUCUGGAUGCUGCGUCCAAAGGGAUAAAUGUCAUUCUUUGUGAACACAGCAACACCGAACGAGGCUUCCUCUCCGAUCUCCAGGAAAUGCUGGGUGUCCACUUGGAGAAUAAGAUUAAUAUUAUCCUGUCUGAGACAGACAGGGACCCUCUUCGUGUGGUUUAAAACACACAAGAUGUCAUGGUGACACAAGCCACACAUCAUUUGGAUGGAAAUGGGACUGUGCAGGAAGAACUGGUGGUGCUGACAUCCUGCAGAACGGCUCGAUCGACAUCGUUUUCAGUUCUUCUGUCUGGCUCGCUAAUGUUACGGCUCACAAGGUAAAGACCAUAUGUAAAGAGUACAAUAAAGACAGAUAUUCACUAUAAACCCUUGGAAAAGAUGACUAAAACCUGUAUGUAACAAGGCAUUUUUUGUUUGGUUGCUUGUUUGUGACAGAAUCUCCUGUAACCCAGGAUAGCCUCCAACUCCUAUUUAGCCGAGGCUGGCCUUUAGGUCCCCUUGAGCUGAGGUGCAUGCUCACCAAAUGCAGGAUUAAAGGCAUGCACGUACCAUUCUUGAGAAGCGGUUCUGUGUGGAUGAGGUGUUUCCGUCUCAAUGAUCUCUGUCACUUAGAGACAGAUUUGGAGCCGAGUGUGGUAGUGCAGCUGCAACCCCAGUGUCUGGCAGGCAAAGGGAGGAAGCUUUGGAGUUCCAGGCCUGCCUGGAACCCUGUCUACAAAAGAAAAGCAGCCAGAGAGAUGGCUCAGCAGUUACACUUACACACACACACACACACACACACACACACACACACACACACACACACACACACACACGCUGCUCUUGCAGUGGGAUGGAAUUCACUUCCUGGCACUAACAUGGUAGCUCACAAUCCCCUGUAACUCAGCUGUAGGGCAUCUAACACACUCUGAUCUCCAUAGGCACCCACACUCACAAAGACAAGAAAAACAGCAAAAAAUGGACCUAGAUUUAUUUCUAAGCAGCAUUUUUUUGGGUCUAUGUACUUUUGAUUUUUCGAGACAGGGUUUCUCUGUAGUUUUGGUGCCUGUCCUGGAACUCGCUCUGUAGACCAGGCUGGCCUUGAACUCAGAGAUCUCCCUGCCUCUGCCUCCCGAGUGCUGGGAUUAAAGGUGUGCACCACCACCGCCUGGCAGUCUAUAUACUUUUAGGUUAGGCAUCAGAAAGAAAGUUUUAUCGGGAUUAAAAAAAAAAAAAAAAAAAAAACCAUCGGUGAUCACUGUCUUCUUUUCUACUUGUUCCUAUAAUUUUGCUGUUUUUUGGUAGUGUGGGGAUCAAACUAAG